AUGGAUACUAUCAACAACCUCACUGCUACUGCCUCAAAGGCUAUCUGGGGCGAGAACGAGACAGGCAACAGAGAGCCCGUCUCUGGAGUUAAGGGUGACACUGCCCAUGGCGAGCCAUAUGAUGCCGGCAAUCUUGAAACCCCCCAGCAAGAAAGAGCUGCAGAAAGUUACAGCUAUGGAAAACAUGGCGAGGAGCGCACAUCCGGACUCGAGCGAGAAGAUCCUACCCCAAAGUCUGUCGAGAACUCAACAACUGCUUCGUCUGCAGUUCCGGCUCCCGCUCCCGUUGCAGCCCCCAACCACUCAAAGGAUACCACUGCCGACCAGAACGAUACGCGCCCCCCGGAACAAGCCGACAAGGGUAACAAGGACCUCCACGACGUAGACGACACCUCUAAAGGUACCGACGCCAAGAUUGGCGAGGGACCAGGGCCUCGUCCUAUCGACAAACUCGCCAAGGAGCAUGGCGGUGAUGCAGGAAACGCUCCGGUGGAAGGACAAUCCAGUAAGCCAAAUGAGGUCGGCUCUGGCGCUGGCGAGUCGUCCAACUCCGAGAACCAGCCCCAUGACCCUAAGGAGGAUGAGUACAUCACUGCCUCCGGAUUUGCUGCUGAUGGCGGCGAUUUUGACGCCUCUAAGCCCGGUGCCGGACGCGAGGCCGACCGGCUUAUGGAGCAAAAGGGUGUUCAUCUUGGCGAAGGUAGCAGCUCAGAGCCCACCUCUCACACUGAGUCCCACUCCAGCGACAAGCACCAUGGCAGCUCCCACGAGUCCAAGAAGGACAAGCCCAGCCUUGGCGAGCGCAUCAAGGCCAAACUUCACAAGCACUAA